AUGUCAACAAAUGGAUACACAAAUUGUGUAGAGGGAACAUUCUACGGCUUCACCGACACCGCGAAUAAUGAGUUCUAUCCGGGCGAGACCUUAAAUCUGCAGUGGGGAUCCAUUGAAGAUGGAACCCUCCCCUUGAAUAUCUCUUUGGGCCGAUCAGGAGGAGGUUUGGUGGAUCAGAUUGUCGUUGAUGCGACCUUCUCCACAUCCAGCACCCUUUACCAAAUCGUCACAAAUACCACCGCAAACUGCACGCUCGAACAAUAUAGCUGGGCUAUUCCUUCCGACUUCAACACUAGUAACCCGCAGUAUCAGAUCGGACUGUUUGAUGGCUCGGCGGUUCGUGGAGAUAACAAUAAUGGAUGGAGGGCCUGGAGUCCGCUUUUCUAUAUCCGGGAUAAAUCUGAUGCGGUCUCGGCGUCGAUUACGGCUUCUGUUAGUGGAUUGUUGACUGCGACCGCGGAGACCAGUCCUACUGCUACUGCGACAUCUUCGUCAUCGACAAAAUCAUCCACCACCUCUAACGCUUCCAGCCAAAGCUCCUCAAACUCGACGGCGAUCGGUGUCGGUGUCGGGGUAGGUGUUGGCGUUGCGGCGCUCAUUGCAUUGGGACUUUUCUGGUUUUUCUGGCGGAGACGGAAAUACAACGCAUUAAAACAGGAUCAUCAGGACCCUUCGGAUGCCGCAGAACUUUCUGGCGGGGCUCGAGUUGAGCUUGCGGGGGCUAUACCGAUGACGGAUGGGAAGACGACGGAACUUCCUGCUCAAGACCAUGUGAUGGCAUAUGAAGCUCAGGAAAUGGAAGGUGGGCAUCAAGGCGCAAAGGUGAAGCAUAUACACGAGAUGGAGUAA